CUGGAAAGUUCAAACAAAUAGAUAGCGGGCUGACCCACAGUUGUGUUGCUGCUGUAAACAACUGCGGAGCUUCCACUUUACUUACCGCAGGGUACGUUGAGGAGCUCAGAACAAUAGUGCUCUUUAGGGUAGGAGGACCUGAAUGUCAGCAGUAUGGGGCAUCAGGUGAUAAUAUUCGAUUUUUCUGCCAUAAGAGGUCUGUGGGAGAUUCGGGUUAAGAAGCACAAAGAAAGGGAAAAAAAGGAGAAGGACCGAGUAGCCAAAAGUGCAUUAGAGAAGAUAAGGCAAGAAUGGGAUAUUGUGCUAGAGUGCAGAAGAAAAGGCCUUCCACAAACAGCAUAUCUGAAUAAUGGUUUCAUAGAUACAAACAGAAUUUUGGAUAAGCUUGAAAAGAACUCACCACUCAUUAAGAAGAUUGCCUUGUUGAAUGAAACGGAGAAAGAAAGAAACAAGUUUAUUUUUCAGCUUUCAGGGGAGAACUGGACAGAAUUCCCAGAUUCGCUGAAGGAACAGACACAUCUACAAGAAUGGCAUAUAAACAAUACCAAGAUUACAACCAUUCCAGCCUACAUAGCUUUAUUUCAGGAGCUGAGAAUACUAGAGUUAUCCAGUAACCAAAUCACAGAUCUUCCAGUUGAAAUUGGUUGCUUGAAAAAGCUGAAAGAGCUCAAUGUGAGUUUUAAUUGUUUGAAGACUGUUCCUCCAGAAUUGGGAGACUGUGAGAAUCUUGAAAAACUUGAUUUGUCUGGAAACCUAGAGCUAGCGGAACUCCCAUUUGAACUAAGCAACCUGAAGCAAGUUACAUUUGUAGAUGUGUCUGCAAACAAAUUUCACUCAAUUCCAAUAUGUGUGCUCCGGAUGUCAAGUUUACAGUGGCUGGAUAUAAGCAGCAAUAAUCUCAAAGAUCUCCCCCAAGACAUAGACAGGCUAGAAGAAUUGGAAACUCUUCUUUUACAGAAAAACAAGCUGACCUAUCUUCCACAUGCUUUGGUCAACUUGCCAAAACUCAGUUUAUUGGUAGUGAGUGGUGACGGUUUGGUUCAGAUGCCUACUGCUAUAUGUGAAUCAACCACUGGUUUAAAAUUUAUAAGCCUCAAGGAUAACCCUCUUGAAACAACCUCAUUUCAAGAGAUUGAAGAAAUAACAGAAAGUGACCGUGAUCGUGAGCUGUUUGAAAAAGAAUUUAUGAAAGCCUACAUUACAGACAUAAAAGAAAGAGAAACUGUUCCUUGUUAUACCACAAAAGUAUCACUGAGUGUCCAGAUAUGAGGACUGGAAUUGCAAGAUUUAAUUCUGUCAACACAAAUGGGAAAAUGCCAUUGGUGUUAAGUGCCAACCGAAGCACAAACUCUCUCUUUUUUUACAAUUGCUUCUAAAACUAUCACUUUUUACAGCUAGCUGAUGUACAAUGGAAGCAUCUAAUGGGUAGGCUGUUGUGUGACUGUUGCACUCAUCUUGUGUUACCAUAGAUGUGUAAACCUAUCCUUACAAAUGAUUUCUCAUAUGAAAACAAUAGAAAAGUUAAAACUUAAGAUAUGUGUACAACUAUCUGCUGGAACAUUGUAAGAAACAGUUAAAUUAAAUACCAAGGGUUUUCAAGUACCAGAUGAACAGAACUAGCACACCUGAUGCCCACAAUCCACAGGAUGUCUGAGUAUCAACCCAUGCCAAUUGUUGUUUGAGCUAUCAGGGUCAGCGCUGCAUAGGUAAUUCUUUCAAAUAAGCAGUUUAAUGGUGCUUAAACUCCAGUGCUAGUUGGUAUCACUUUCUAGGUACCUUUCCCACCCAUUUUCUACAGUCACUGUGGGGAAUCCGUUGUCUGGACACAGCCUUGGCUAAUGGCAGUUCUUCAUAAUUGUAUCCUAGGAGAAAAAGCAAUUGCUUCCAGUUAGCUUGUUUACUCUGCCAUCCAGAAGCUUCUUUUCCCUUAGCAGUUGAAAUAAUUGUCAGAAAUAAAGACUGUAGUCCAGAGCUCUGCAUGUGUGCGCCAGAGCAGCAUGUGGAUUGGGUGGUUUUCAUAGAUUUUGUCACAGCAACCUGUGACAACACAGACACCUCCCAGUGUCAUGAACUGGUUAAAUUCACGAGAGAUUAAGAAAACAGUUUUCAGUUAGGCUCUGCUGUACAGAAGUGAAUUAAAAACACCCAGGGCCCCGAUCCAGGCCCUGGAUUGGCAUGGAAUAUGGAACAUGGGCCUUUUUGCUUUCAUUCUUGAAGGGUAAUCUCUCUUGUUUCAUCCAAAGCUCACUCCUGAAUUGCGUGAGGUAUCAUAGGGAUAGAGUCUGCUACCUGGGAAUGUUCUUGAGUGUACUUUUAAGUUGUUUUGUUAAGAAUAAUAGCUAUUCUUGUGGCUUUCAUAGCAGCUUGGCGAGGGCUGGAUCCAGGUCUGAAGUGUCCCUCACCCAAGUUUUUGGUGGGCCUUCCAUACCCUAGUGGGGAUUUACCUGGGUGGCAGCCUGAAGUACUUCAGAACAGCCAUUACAUUGUUUAAAAAAAGAUGGUGGUUGCUACCUCAUCCACUACAAAGCACUCUGGGCUGCUGCCACUUCCCCCACAACCCAGCUGAGCCCCAACUAGGGAGAGCCUAACAAAUGCCUUCCCCAUCCAUUAAUAAGGUUCCUACCUCAUUGCAUAUGGGGAGAGUGCCUGAAAGAGAGUAUGACAAAUGAUUCAUUCUUUAGUUGUCUCUUCCCACCUUUCCUAUCUGUGGAAACUCUUCCUAAAGACAUCUGCAAUGACUCAUGGCAGGGACCUCUGAAAGAAGCCCAUUCAUGGAUGGGGAGAGCAGGAGAGGGCAGUGGCAAAGUGAUUCUCUCAGCUGAAGGAGUUGUGUGCUGCUGCCACCACAUGGAGAUGGGCACUGAGGGGCUCCAUGGCCACCUGAUAGACAUGGACCUCCAAAGUGCUGCCCAACUCAGCCAGCCCCUGAUGCUGGUCCGAUGCUGCAGAAAUCAGCAGGUAAUUUCAUGCUGUUUCAUGGCAUGGAGAAGUUUUUUCAACUGCUACUAAUAUCUGCACAUCAAGUUAUUAUUAAAGGCACAGUUACAGAUUCUGGUUGAAAAUUUGGCAACCUUAAAUACUACACAGGGGCUGCAGUUUCUUUUUUAACCAGCCUUAUUGCAACAAUUUGGAGAGAACUGAUAGAACUUUGAGAUAAUACAGAGCUCAGGAAAAAUGUUCAGUUGAGAAAAGCUGGAGAACUAUUUUGAAACUAAGCACUUUUAUUAGUAUUGAUAAUUCAGAAUCAUGAUAUUUUGGGGGGUAUAAAAUUUUUAUUUUGUGCAGAUGUCAUAAGCAGAAAUUCAGUUUUCUUGUUUUGUAGUCUGUCAUACGUUUGUACAAGUGUACAUAGAUUCUGUUUUGCAUAGUCAUUUUUCAUGCACUAAAUAAACUAUAUUGAUAAUC